GAUAAUUGACAUUUAACCAUAAAGUUUCUAGAUUUCUAGGUUAGGUGCCAUGUGCUUGCAUCCCUUCAAAACAAACAGUCAAUAAAAUGCAACUAACGAAAAGUGCAAGGGCUUUCGAUGCCCGAAAAGUCGAAGAAACCCUAAAAACCGAAAACAAAUUCAUAAGUGACUUAUUUUCAAUUUUGUCACUUCCUACAAGAAACGACGACAGCCCCGACGAAGAUGAACAAACCGAACCCACCAAACCCAAACUCUUCAACAAAAACGAAAAAACCAGAGCAAAAUCCCUCAACGAGCUCCAGGAGCGGCUCCACGCCAUAACCAGCAGGAAAAAACUAACCUACAAGGAUAAAGUGGCCAAAAAGAACCUAAAAAGUCGCUUGAAGAAGAAAAAUAAACAGGAUGAACGUAACGCGCAGCAGAAACUACUACGAGCGGAAAAAUCAUUGAAGAAAGAACCUGAAACGAAUAAUUUAGUGAAGCCCGCCAAACCCGUCUUCAACAGCGAGGGGAAAAUGGUGUUUUCCAAGUUCGAUUUUUCAAAUUUGGGCACAAAGAAAGAAAAGAAACAAGAGAAGGACCCUAAGAAAAUAUUAAAACAACUGGAGGACCAAAAAGAGAAGCUUGAAGAGUUACAAGAGAGUGGCGACGUGGGGAAAGUGGUAGAAAUUAAAGAGAAAACGGCGUGGAAGAACGCGUUAGCUAAAGCGGAAGGAAAGAAGGUGAAGGACGACCCUGCCUUAUUAAAAAAGAGUGUUCACAAGCAGGAGCAGAAAAAACGAGCUAGUAAGAAAAAGUGGGAAAAGAGGCAAGAAAACGUGGAGAAGGGCAAGAAGGAGCGCCAGGACAAGCGAACGGCCAAUAUCGAGAAACGGAAAAAAGAGAAGAAAAAUAAAAAACUUAAAAAAGCUGUAAAGAAAGGGAAGAUCAUUCCUGGGUUUUAGGUGUAAAUAAAUUUUCAUUUUUUAUUA